GUGUUUAUCGCCAGGACGGACGGUUGGAAAUCCGGGUCGUGCUUGUGAUCAGGUGCACCGGUGCAGUUGACCGAGUUCAGAAUGGCAACGAGCUGGGUAGAUAAGUUUCGUUACAAUGGACUCAAGGGGGGAGCAGAGCGCCAGGAUACGGAAGAUGCGGACCAAGAUGAGAUCACUCACUUGAAGAGCAAGGCGCCGGAGCUGAAAAAGAGUGCGUCAGAUGAUGAGAAAGUUCUGCAGAACUUCCAACGGAGAUUCUCAGAUAUCGACAAGAUGGAAAUCCAGGAUUGUCUCGUCCGCCACAAUUGGGACAAGGAAGCAGCCAUGAAGGAACUCGACUCUGAGUACAUGAAACUCGUCGAUAAGAACAAGGCGAAGAGCACGAGCGUGUCACCGAUCACCGUCUCCCAUAACACGGCGAAAUUAGCGCACAAACGACCCACAAAAGCCAAGAACUCGCACAAGUACGCAGCCAUCAACGCUGCACAACGAGUAGAAACGAACACUCCGUCUUCACCGCCGAAACGUUUCAAAAGAGCUCGCUUUGCCGACAGUGAUGACGAAGACGAGUCAGCAACCAAACGGGACAAGGUUUACAUGAGUUCCGAUUCCGAGUCGGAAGAUGAAAGACUCGCACAGCCGAGUUCGGAGUUGGCAAAAAUACGCAAACAGGUUUUAGAAUUCCUCAACGAGGCGACCGAGAUGGAAUUGGAAGCCGUUCCAAAUCUCUCGAAGAAAAGGGUAGAAAAAAUUCUCUCGAUGCGUCCAUUCAGUUCCUAUGAAGCCACGGUGAAGGCCAUGAAAUCCACUUCGGGUCUCACACCUGACAUUUUGAACAACGUACAGUCAUUCCUGAGCUCUCGGAACAUAAUUGCGAAGCUAAUGACGAGCUGUGAUGGAAUCGUUAAACAGAUGAGACACCAAGUAGAGCGCCUGCACGAUAAGUCUACGAUGAGCAUAAGGCAGCAGCCCUCGAUCCUAUCUAGUCACCUCAAGCUGGCUCCUCAUCAGCUUAUCGGUGUAAACUGGAUGUCCCUGCUCCACGAGAAAAAGUUGAAUGGAAUCCUCGCUGACGAGAUGGGUCUCGGGAAGACGAUACAGGUCGUCGCGUUCCUAGCUCAUCUCCUCGAGAAGAAUAUUCAGGGGCCUCAUCUCAUCGUAGUGCCCAGUUCGACCCUGGAUAAUUGGCAUAGAGAGUUCACUACAUGGUGUCCUACGCUGAAGGUGGUGAUCUAUUCGGGACCUCAAGAGGACCGAAAAAUCCUGAGGUUAGACACGGUCAACAACCGAAUCAGUUUCAAUGUGAUAAUCACAACGUACAAUACGCUUUCCUCGACGCCCGAGGAUCGUGGUUUCUUCAAGAAAAUGCAGUUCACCUACGCUGUCUUCGAUGAGGCUCACAUGCUGAAAAACAUGAUGACUCAGAGAUAUCAAAGUUUGAUGCAGAUCAACUCCAAUUACAAGAUGAUGCUAACCGGGACGCCGCUACAAAACAACCUCAUCGAGCUCAUGUCACUGUUGACUUUCACGAUGCCGAAUCUUUUUGCAAACAAACGGGACCAUAUGACAUCUCUGUUCAAGGGUGCCAAAGCUGGAGGAGACGGUGAUUCAGCGAGGAAUAAGUUCGAGCGUGAACGCAUCAACCAGGCAAAGUCGAUCAUGCAGCCGUUCGUUCUCCGGAGGUUGAAGUCCGAUGUCUUGAACAAUCUUCCCACAAAACACGACGUGACCGAGCAUGUACCUCUCACCGAACCCCAGCAAAAACUAUAUAAGAAGCUGGUAACCUCGUUCAAAAAAACGAAAGUUGAACGUCGCGAGGACGAUGUAAAUUCGGAAGGUUCGGUAUUGAUGCAGCUCCGAAAGGCCGCCAACCACCCUUUGCUCAUGAGAACAUUCUACGACGAUAAGAAACUGGCCCGAAUGGCAAAGAUAAUAUGUAAACAGCGCAGCCAUCGGGACAGCUCCGUCGAAUGUGUGAUUGAAGACAUGGAAGUUAUGAGCGACUUCGAACUCAAUGCGCUCUGCGGGGAGUUCGGGGAGUGUCUGGAUGAGUUUCUUCUGCCAGAUACCCUGAUACUCGAUUCAGGGAAAUUCAAGCAUCUGCAAUCCCUGAUCAAGGAACAUCUGGAAAAAAAGAACCGCAUUCUGAUAUUCUCUCAGUUCACCAUGGUGUUGGACAUCGUCGAGAAGUUCCUCCACAUUUUAAAAUACAAUUACCUGCGAAUCGAUGGAUCAACUCCCGUCAGUGACCGUCAAGACAUGAUCGACAUGUUUUCCAACGACGAAACGAUCCCUAUUUUCCUUUUAUCGACAAAAGCGUGUGGACUCGGCAUCAACUUGACUGCGGCGAAUGUGGUUAUUCUGCACGACAUAGACUUCAACCCGUAUAACGAUAAGCAGGCGGAGGAUCGCUGCCAUCGAAUCGGGCAGACGAGGGAAGUUCACAUUCACAGGCUCGUGGCCAAAGGUACAAUUGAGGAGGCCAUGCAUUCGAUCGCUCAGGAGAAAUUAAAGUUGGAAAAGCGAGUUACCGCGGAAGAGGAUCAAAACGAAGAAAAAGUGACCAUGAUGAAGUUGUUGAAGCAAGCCCUGGCCGAGAACUUGGACUGAAUUGUUCCCAGGGGACACGUCCUGGGCUGAGAGUACGUCAGAGGUUUUUCCAACGAGAAGCCUAGAAUCUCGGCAUUCUACCGAGGAAGGGAAUGCACAAGUGGAAUUCUCAGCGUGGGUUGGUUGCAUGGUCCGUCAAUGCUCCGAGCUCCCGCGUCUUCCCGUCACGUCGCGGAUGCUCGUUGCAGGUUCCAGUCGUCGAGAGCCAGCCUUCGCCCGGAGUUUCAUUCCAAGUGUAGAUAACAUCGAUCUUCUCAUUCACCAUUGCGAACGUUCACGUUUGGUGGAGGAGGCUCCCAUGACGGGUCUGGGAUCGUGAAUCCGCGAGACGUAUUCUGCCUUGACGCUGUGCGCUUUUGUUCCUGAAAUCUGCGAUCUUAUGGGGAGCAUUCGGACGACCGCUUGUCGGGUCAUGUCCGCUUUUCUAGAGAACCUCCCUUUCUGAUUUUAGUCUUGCGAACUGGAAUAUACCUGAUCCGUCGUGCAUCGUCUCGAUUAGUAUAGGGGUCAUAUCACGUGAUACACACGUCUCCGGGAAGGGGUCCAAUUGUGAAUUGCUCAGAAAAUCAUCUCAGAGACUGUGUUGUAAUAAAUUAGC